CGCGAAUAUACAAGCUCAAACACGUACAGAGCAGCGAAACCUUUAGGCAUCAGGAAUAAGAAAAGAGGCUGGCAUUCUUCGGAAGGAAUAACAACACAUUCACGAGCAUUGUCCAUUCAUUGAUCAACAAGUUGCCAGAUUCGAAACGACAACAUCAUGUCUGCAUCGAAACCCACGGAUAGCCCAAUGAAAAGUCCAACAGGAACAGGAGCUGAAUCCCCGACAACAGCAAGACCAUUAGAGAUGGACGACGACGAGGUUCAAGAGUCUGGUGUUUUGGGCAGUGAUGCGCCGGCAGCAGCAAAGCAUGCAACGGUUGAAGAAGAAGCGCCAGCAAAGCCUCCCCGCCCUCUCAGCCCACAGCAACAGGCCGAAAAUACCUUGAAGGAAGCGUUCCCAAGCAUCGAUGCAGCUGUCGUCAAAGCCGUCUUGAGAGCAAGUGGUGGCCGUGUCGAGCCUGCUUUCAAUGCUCUGCUUGGCAUGUCUGAUCCCGAUGCUGUUAGAGAGCCGACACCUCCUCCACAGCCUCCCCGCCCAACUACUCAACGAAUGGGAUCUACGCCGCUGUCGCAACUCGAAGCCGAUGAGCAAUAUGCUCGACAACUCGCCGAACAUUAUGGUGGCCAUGGAGAAGAUGGUACACGUUCUACCAGCAGAGGAACUGGUGGUCAACCCCGCAGACAACAGACUGGUAUGAGACCCAAUGAAGAAGAAGAUAACCGUACCUUUUUCGAUGAUGAUCUUCCUAUUAUCAAAGAAAAUCUGAAGAAAGGCUUCCUUGAGACGCAAAGCAAAGUCAACGGAUGGAUUACGAAUUUGAGGAAGAAGAUUGACGGGGAGGAUGAAGAUGGAUUCCAACAGGGCUAUAACGCAGGCGGCUCAAGCAACCAAUAUCAUGGUCGCAGAAGCGGUGAUGGAAGACAAAGUGGUGAUUACGGUCGCUACGAUGCUGACCCUCAAGUUCUCAGUGAUGAUUUUGCAGGAAUUCAGCUGAAUCCUGAUGGUACCCCCGCCCGCCGCUCAACCCGGCCUCUUGCAAACCCUGACCUCUUCAAGCCGACCCCUGCUGCACCAAGAUCUUCCGACGGUCGUAAGGUCUCUUUCCAAGGUGGUCCACCAGAGGAGAUUGACAUUUACGGCAACUCUCCAAGGGUCGCUCCUGCGAAGGAAAAUGCCCCACCAUCGGGAAAGCAGAGCAAAUGGCAACCACUGUCAACAGUUGACCCAAGCCCUAUUGGUGAUACUGAUAAUGACCCUUUCAGCCUCGGAGACAGCGAGGACGAGAAGGAGUCCAAGGACCGUGUUGGUGGAAAAGAGAUUAAGAUGGAUGAUGCGGAGAGACUCAAGAAGGCUGCUGCUGAAGCUAUGGCCGAUAAUAUCGGCGAGCCCAAAUCGCGGAAACCUGAGCCGGCUGAGACAGUUGGCACCAAGGAUAAGAUUGCAGAUGAUAAAUUGGCCGGGAAGUCUUGAUUGUGGGGAAAUCUGCUCUUGGGCGGCUCAGUGAAAAUGUCGUUUAGCCCAGCCCAUUCUGUUCAUAGGGAGGAAGUCCAAUGAUAUCCACAUGGUUUGACAAACUGUGUUGACUUCAGCACACCUCGCGUGAUUACACAACAAUAUAUGGAAGUAUGAACGGCC